CCGGCGCGCGCGAGGCGCGGGAAUCUCUCCGGCGGGCAGGGCACGGCAAGCAGACGUGCACCGCUGCUGGAACGCAGGCGGCGCGGGGGGCAGUCGGGAGAGCGCUGGGGCUUCGGCGGCGCCGGGCCAGAGGCGGGGCAGGAAGGCACGGGCGGCGCCGCAGCCUGGCGCGGCGUGGGGAGUGGACCCUGUCCGCGGUCCCCCUUAGGGGUGCCUCCUGCCCCAGGCCCCUGCAGAGGACACGCAUCAGCACGUUCCUGCUGUUGUCGUUUCAUCCUAUGUCAUAGCCCCUCCCUCAGGCCUGGGGCUCCCCCUACACCCGUGGCCCCAUUAUCACCAGGCCCAACCCCCACAGUGACCGGCGCUCCGGGCCCUGUCCCUCUCUACCAUCCCGGCUCCCGGGGAACCGAGCGCCCCGGCCGGGACGCCCGCCAAAGGCACUCGUCAGCACUUUCUCACCCCUGUCAUCUCAUCCCUCUGCCUAGUUCGACCCCAGGCCUAGGAACCCCGGUUCCCUCUGGCCCUUUGUCCCCCGGCCGAGCCCCACGCUGACCGCAGACAGCCCUAGCCCCUGAACCGCCGCGUCUCGGGCGGCAGCGCGCCGCCACCCAGGAUGCAGCCUGCAGGCAGGGCGGCAGUCAGGGAGGCGGUGGGCCGCGACGCACUGGCCGCGGACCUCCGGUGCAGCCUCUUCGCUUCGGCCCUGCAGAGCUACAAGCGCGACUCGGUGCUGCGGCCCUUUCCCGCGUUCUAUGUCCGUCGCGACUGCAAGGACUUUGAAGCCCUGCUUGCAGAUACCAGCAAGUUACCCAACCUGAAAGAACUUCUCCAGUCCUCCAGAGACAAAGACAAAUGGGCCUGGGACCUGGUGAGCUGGAUUUUGUCCUCAAAGGUCCUGACCAUCCACAGUGCAGGGAAGUCAGAGUUUGAAAAGAUCCAAAAGCUGACUGGUGCCCCUCACACUCCUGUCCCCAUGCCGGACUUCCUCUUUGAAAUCGAGUACUCCGACCCUGCGAAUGCCAAAUUUUAUGAGACCAAAGGAGAAAGAGACCUAAUCUACGCCUUCCACGGGAGCCGUCUAGAAAACUUCCAUUCCAUCAUCCACAAUGGCCUGCAUUGCCACCUGAACAAGACAUCCUUGUUUGGGGAAGGGACCUACCUCACCAGUGACUUGAGCCUGGCCCUCAUUUAUAGCCCCCAUGGCCAUGGGUGGCAGCGCAGCCUCCUUGGCCCCAUCCUCAGCUGCGUGGCUGUGUGUGAGGUCAUUGACCAUCCAGAUGUGAAGUGCCAAACCAAGAAGAAGGAUUCCAAGGAGCUAGAUCGCAGGAGAGCAAGAAUCAAGCACAGCGAAGGGGGCGACAUCCCUCCAAAGUACUUCGUGGUCACCAAUAACCAGCUCCUGCGAGUGAAGUACCUGCUGGUGUACUCACAGAAGCAGCCCAAGAGCAGGGCUUCGAGCCAGCUGUCCUGGUUUUCCAGCCAUUGGUUUACAGUCAUGAUAUCCCUGUAUCUGCUGCUGCUGCUCAUAGUGAGUGUCAUCAACUCCUCAGCUUUCCAACACUUUUGGAAUCGUGUGAAGAGAUAAUCUUUCUGGGCCUGGUAUGGGGGCCACCUCAGCCAUGUGCCUUAUGACAACUUGUUCUGUACCUCCUGUACCCCAUGUCCAGCCAGGUUGAGCCUGGCAGCCAGCUGGGGAACCACAGGACAAUUUUCAUGUGCCAUAAAUGUAUCAAUUGCCUUUGAUGAUGCUCCCAGCCACACUCCGGCCAACGGGGACCACUGGUUCCUCACUCGUAGGUUUUGGGGAGCCCUCCUGUCUGCUCCUUCCUAAACAGUCCUAGGGAGUUGGCUUUUCCAUCAGGGCCAAAGGAAAAAGUCUUACUGCAUUUAAAAACAAAGUGUCCAAGCUGUCAGCGGUGUGUUUACAAUCGCUGCUGGCGGACGUUGGCCUUUCUCUAAUGCCUUCUGGAAGGUGGAAAAUGUGUAGUGGGGACGAUAAAUCACUAGGCGGUUGCCUUGUUUUGACUUGAGACACUCAAGAGGAACAGUCAUGUUUCUCAUAAAAAUCGGUGGGACCGUUUUUGAAUUCCAUCAGCCUUUGUCUAUGAGUACAAAACAUUUUUAGUUUUCUCAAAUCAACAAACAGCCGCCUGCUACAGCCAUAACCCCCAUGCCCUACCAUGGAUGAGAAAGAAAGGAGUCAGAGACCUGAUUAAAAAAUGCAAACUUAACAAUGAGCAACUUAAGUUGUCUUUUUCAAAAAAUUCCCAGCUGCUGAUUAUAGCUGCUGGCCUGCCUCCUGAUCUUGUUCUCAUGAAGCUGCCUUGAUUACGGCCUGCUAGCCCCAAGUGCUACGCUAUAGGCCCUCUGUCGCUGCAGGCCUUCGGACAGAGGCGUGCCUCAGUGUGCUACAGAUGUGCGUGGGCUGAGCCUCCUUCAGAGGGGUUGCAGGUCUUUGGGACUCAGCCUGGGCUUUAUGUGUGCAGGAAAAGCCUCUGGCUGCCUAGAGAGCCAUGGUUCUACUUCCUGUACUCUCUGCCCCUCCUUCCUGCCCCAUUUCAGCCAUAACGGAGCCCUGUCUGAUUUGGGGGGAGCUUUCUAUCAAGAAGGGGGAAAGUAAUUUUUCUAUACUUUGUGAAGUUGUGAAAAAGCCAUUAUCAUGGUUUUUACAUUGAAUAUUGGAACAUUUCAAAAAUAAUAAAAGUAUUUUCCUAAUUA